GUUUCUAAUUCUUACCAGGAACCCAUUAGAAAUCCACCGCCAGUUUCUUCGAUGGGCCUAAUAAUGGCUUGUAGCUGAUGAGGAGGUGUUCAAACCUUGAAACCCAGCUGCUCUGAGGAAGGAGGGAAGAAUGCUUGCGGCACAGAGAGCAAUCAGAUGGUUACAUACAAGCACCGAUGUCCCACGCCUCACCAGAUUCACUCUGCAAGCACCCAAAAGUGUAGAGGUGGAGUAUUCCAAUGGUUGCAAGUUUAAUCUAUCAUCUGAAUUUUUGAGAAUACAUAGUCCAGCAGUUGAUGGAAAAGUUAGGUCAAUUGGAGGUGAUUUUUGGGCGGCGUCAUGUGGGUAUCAUGUCUGCAGAACCUGUAGGAAACUAUGGGGUAAGGAUAGUAUUUGAUGAUUUGCACAAAACUGGGAUCUACACAUGGGAUUUUUUUUAUCAUAUUGGUAGCAAUAAGUUUGCACUGAUGAGAAAUUAUAUCAAAACGCUAAGGAAGCAUGGACUCAGCCGGGAUCCACCUAAAAGAAAAUGAAGAGACUUGAUUUUGAUCAUCCCAGUUGAUACCUUAAUUGAUAUGAUGAGCACAAAGCUGAUUCAAAGUUGGUAAGAAAUUUACUGUCAAACACCUGCUGCUGGGAAGUUCUAAUAUCAUCCAGGAUUUUAGAGCAAGUCAAACAAAUGGAAGCAUUGUUUAACGGACGCUCUUUUACUUGGUUCGUAGUUGUAUGUUUGUAAGCCAAUUUUCGUUACAAAAUGCUAACUUUUAAUUUGGCUGUCUGCUUCAAAAUUCUAUGCUCUCAUGUCGAAAAGAAAACACAAUCAAUAAGAAAAGAAUUACAAAUGAUUUGUUGUUUUAAUGCUGCUA